GAUUUUCCCCAAAACAACGUCAGCAAGUCAAUAAUGAAGCAAAAAUGUAGCUUCGGGGAUGGCAACACGAGGAGGAAACGUUUAUAGUCCUUCGAAUUCCUUGAAGGAUUUCAUGGUUUUGUUGUUGUUAGAAUGACGAAUAAAAUCCAAGUCUGGGCUCAGUUUAAAAAAUGGAACCCGACCACAGCUCUCUUGAUGUGUCAUCUUCUGCACCCUCGGAAAACCAGAGCUUGACUCCUAAUGGCGUUGAUGAGCUCGAUUCCCAGGUUGGGGAAUUGGAAUCGCUCGAUAUGAUAGAGCCUCCUCCGUUAGACUGGAAGUCCGACUCGUCCGCCGAAGCUGGCUCAACAGAAGAACUGGAGGAUGUCGGCUUCCUCUCGCCUUCUGGCGAUCUAGAAAAGGCUAGUUCGGAUGACCUCCAUACGAACGGCACGACGGCUUCGCUCGAUGUGAACCAGCAGGAGGUUGAGACAAACAACACCGAGUCGAAAAAGGAGAAUGAAGGGGGAGUGGAAGAUGAUGCAAAUGUGGAGGAUGAGGAAGCGAACCAAAUACAAGGCGAUGAAGACCACACCCGUAUCCAAACAUUGCUCUGUCAACUUCAGAGGAUGGGUGACGAAGCUCAUACUCCCCCCAGGACACCACCUUGCCUCAACGAGCGUCCACAUUUGGGGCCCUGUGAUCAUGAGGAAUCUUCUUCACUAUCAACAUCAUUAGAGGACAGCAGUGAAACUACUGGUUUGUUAUUUUCUGAAAGCCACCAGAGAGAUGUGUUGGGACUGCUGCAGUGCACAGACGUCGUGGGCACGACGCCCCAUGGCAGCUGCCUUCCCCACACACGGGAAAUGGAUGCCGUUGUGUCCGUUUCCUACAGCCAGGAAGAUGCCCAGAGUUUCUGGGGGCUGCAGCGGGAAGAAGAACCUGUCCGUUCACUGCCUGACGGAGACUUCCCUGAGCCGGUGUGGGUGAAAUUGAGGGAAGAGGCUCGAGGGGAGGAAGGUUCUGCAGAGAGGGAACAGAAUGCUGAUGACCGUCCUUCAUACAAAGACGUACCUGGCCCAUGUGAUCCUGAAGACCUCUUGGAUGGAGUCAUAUUUGGUGCCAAGUACCUGGGUUCGACUCAGCUCAAGUCUGAGAAGAACCCAUCUACCAAUGCCCGGAUGGCACAGGCUCAGGAGGCGGUGGAUCGUAUUAAGGCUCCAGAAGAUGAAACCCAACCAAUGACAGAGGUGGAUCUAUUCAUCUCCACUCAGAGGAUCAAAGUUCUUUCUGCUGAUACGCAGGAGGCCAUGAUGGAUCACUCUUUGCAGAUGAUUUCUUACAUCGCAGAUAUUGGAGAUAUUGUGGUCCUAAUGGCACGCAGGAAGCGAAAAGGGCAGGAAAGUUCCCCGUCUUCAUCCUCCUCGUCCUCCAAACCUCAGAAGUGCUUAAUGCUCUGCCACGUCUUCUCCUCUGUGGAUGCCCAGGUCAUAGCUCAGGCUAUCGGCCAGGCAUUUGGAGUGGCCUACCAGCAGUUCCUUCAUACCAGCGGCAUCAAGGCCAGCGAUCUGAAGCCUGGCGAGUACAGUGACUACUUGGAAAACCAGGAACUCUACAAUGGAGACCUGGCGCACUUUUCUGAUUCCCAGAACAUCAGAGAGGUUGUUAUCACCAAGGCACCAGGGGAAAUAUUAGGGUUGGCAGUGGUGGAAUCGGGCUGGGGCUCCAUUGUGCCCACGGUGAUGGUGGCCAAUCUUCUUCACGGAGGUCCCGCUGAGCGCUGCGGCGAACUCAGUAUUGGUGAUCGUAUCAUGUCUGUCAAUGGUACCAGCAUGGUGGGUCUGCCCAUCACCACAUGCCAAAAUAUCAUUCAGGACUUGAAAAGCCAGAAGUAUGUUAAGAUCAGCAUCGUUCACUGCCCUCCUGUCACCAUGGCGAUUAUCAGGAGACCAGAUCCGAAGUAUCAGCUCGGUUUCAGUGUGGAGGAUGGAAUCAUCUGUAGUCUUAUGCGAGGUGGUAUAGCGGAAAGAGGAGGCAUCCGAGUUGGACACCGCAUCAUUGAAAUUAACGGACAGAGCGUUGUUGCCACACCACAUGACAAAAUCAUUCAGAUCCUGACUAACGCAAUAGGAGAGAUUCACUUGAAGACCAUGCCAGCCUCAACAUAUCGGCUUUUAACUGGACAAGAGCAGCCAGUGUUUCUUUGACAAGUAGAGCUGAUCAGUGUUAUAAGAUCCACAAACAUUUGCAAUGACAGCCUAGCCACUUUGAACACAACUAAGUACUGUCUGUUUUUAUAUACCGUCAAAAACACUGAGUUGGAUUUAUUACGCUUAGUUUAAAUGUAAGUAAGUAGCUGAAAUCAACUAAAGCAUACGUAGGUGCAGUGUUUUACGCUUUAUGGAUUUACAUAAUAAUGAACAUUAAUAAGAAGCACAUCGAAUGGCCCUUUUGGUCUUCCAGUUUGUGUUUUUUGUUUGCCUGACCUGAAAGUGCUCAGAGAAAGUAAGUACUGUUGUACUCGCAUUCUGGUUUCAUUCAUAUAAUGUGCUUUCAGACUUCUCGAUAUGCAUAUUGAAAGAUAACUGCCGCUUGACAGAGACUUCUAUAUUUUUUAAUCAAAUUGCUCUUUUGUAUUUUCAUUACACACACCGUAUGUAGGAUAUUGACAUGUGGUGUUCCUUUGUAUGCAUAAAGAAUGUGACGCAACCGGUAUUUGUAUGACACAUAAUGGCCACAACAUGAGGAUCACCUGCACAGCAUAAAAAAAAAAAUCAUAAUAAACAUAAUUGUGUUGAAUUUGGAUCAAAGAGAGAUUAAUGUCUCAUUGGGUUUGGAGCUCGCGUUGAUGCAAGGCCAGCUGAGAGCUUUACUGGGGCUACGCAGAUUGAUGUGGGUCAUCAACAAGCUCGGUGUUGGCAUUUUGGAGGAAAUUGUCCUCUAUUGCGGUGUUCUCUUUGAGUUUUUCUCAUAUUCGGACAGCAGAUUUGAAAUAUGGUGAACUGUUGUCUCCUAAAACCUUUAUUUGAUAAACAAAGGCACCCACAAUUUUACUCCUCGUACAUUUUUCAUCUUGCAACAAUUGACACAAUAAGAUUUCAGUCGUUUCCUUGAGGGUCUCUUGGUGAGCUUCAGGCUGCCUUCAUAGUGAUAAAUGUGACAUUGUAAUAUUUGAUGUGAACAAACGAAACAAAAUAUGGAUCUAUGCAAA